CUCUUCUAGCACACCUACCAACCAACUGGGUCAACUUGUGCUGAGUAGGUAGGAUGUCCAGCGUCGUGGCACUUGUGCUCCUCUGACCCAGCAUACCGACCUCCACAAUCUUUCCCUUGAUCUUCUCUCAUCACUGCAAACACUUCGAGCUUCCCGUUUGCUCCGAUCUAGCGGGAGUGGGAAAGAAUCUCUGGCGAUCUCACGAGAUCUCCACUAGCCACAGACUGAAAUUGACCUAAGCUGAAGUCUAGACACCUUUUUUUUUGGCCUUCGCAACCUAGAUAUUGCUGCAACGCGCAUUGCCCAACUCCCGUCCUCUAUUUCUCCGCCGAGUCGUCGCGAGAUCCACUAGAAGUCUAAUGGCUGAAGGUUGGGGGAAGAAGGCUGCAAAGCGAGUCUUCAUUUCCAUAUCAAGAAAAAGUCAUUACUGGCCUAGAGCAUGGGAGUCCAGCGAGGAGAUGAUCGAGGUGGCAGUUGAUCACAUCAAGAAGAAUGACCCGGCUGCAUUGAGUGCGGAUGGGGCGUUGGAACCGAUGUUUCUUGUCAAGGAGAGAUGGCCGUCGCAAGUCUGGAUUGUCUUUGACGUUUUCAAUGAUGCCUACGACCCCGCCAACGCCCAUCUUCCAGGUCGCAAUGACCUGCCGGUAAUUACGGUCUCCCUCGGCGAGAGAGAUGUCGUAAUAUCGGCAAGCAACGUCAUGGAGGAUAGGGUCAAUAAGGCAGUCCAAGACGUUCACGAUUUGCAUGGCAUUGGCAGCCGGCCACCCUUCAGCAUCGAUCACGCAAACGGCAACAUACCGACGUACCCAAACCCACGAACACAAACUGUCAGAACAUGAAGGACAUCGUGGGCGUAAUUGGUUACUCUCACUGAACGGAUUGAUCUAUAGCUAAUACAACCU